AUGGUGCCAGCGCGAUGCGUGAAGAGCGAGUACAUGAAGCGCUACAAAGAGCCCAAAUGGGAGGCUUGCGGCCCCUGCUACCAGGAGCUGCUGCGCUACCGCCUGAGUCGGCGCCUUCUGGAACAAGCGCACCGGCCCUGGUUUUGGGACGGCUGGGAGCAGGACAGCGCCAGCGCCAGCGGCGGGUCCCCAUCGCCUCCGGGCACGUCGAGUCCCCCGGCGGCCCAGCAGCGGGAGGAGGAAGCGGCAGUGACGGCGGAAGUGCCCGGCGAGCCUCAUCCUGGCAGGCUCGAUGGAGUGGGGGAGACCUGUAGGGCCAGCCUGCGUGGAUCCGAGGAAGAAGAGCAAGAAAAAGCUGAAGAAAAGGCUGAAAUUAAGGAACCUGAAAAGAAGUCUGCAGGGAAAGAAAGGAACAGUUCAACAAGUCAUCAACCUGGCAGCUCUCCAAGUCGCAGUGCCUUGACCAGCCGAGGGGACAGACGACAAGCAAAAAGUCCUCAAAGGACAGAAAGACCAAAGGGAGCAAAACACCCAUUUGCUUUGUAUGGCUGGGGAGAAAAACAGACUGAUACGGGCAGUCAGAAAACUCACAAUGUCUGUGCAUCCGCCUCAGCCAAUGAAAUUCAUGAAUCGGCAUUAAGAGCCAAGAACAGAAGGCAAGUAGAAAAAAGGAAGUUGUCUCAGAGGCGGAUUCACUCAGCAGAAGUAGAAAGAACCUGGAGAACAAAAUCCUCCGGCCCGGACAAUCCCUGGAUGACUGAAUACAUGAGGUGUUACUCGGCUCGAGCGCGGUGAUUCACAGCUCGAUUGGACGUCUGUUUUUAAUUCAGAAAACGCUUUCCAAUGCUUUCAGGAUACCGGUGCAAAGCCCCAAACUACUUAUGCAAGGCUUUUACAAAAGGAUUUUCUAGCAGUUUGUUUUGUUGUUUGUAUUUUGGUUUUUCUCUCUCUCUGCAGUAAGCAGAACUGCAGUAAACAGAACCAGAUUCCUACUCAUGGGAGCUGUACUUGCCCACGUAGCUUCCGGACAACUUCUUUUAAAAGAAUGUC